AUGUGCAACUCGCGCUUCAAGCACAAGCACAGCCUCCAGAGGCACCUCAAGGUCCAUCUGGUCGCCGAGGAUCUGAGCAUCACGGGGAUGAAGUGGGCCGCCUGGCAGCGCUGGACCGUGCCUUCGAUUAUGUGGCGCUCAGGCGCCAGUCUGAGCAAAGGCUUGUCCUCCAGCGGGGGCACAGGUGGCACCGAUGGCGGCGCCAGUCCCGAGGGUUUCAGUUGCUCGGCGUGCAACCGCGUCUACAAGCUCAAGAGCAGCCUGAGGAACCACCAAAAGUGGGAGUGCGGCAAGGAGCCCCAGUUCCAGUGUCCGCACUGCGUUUAUCGAGCCAAGCAGAAGAUGCACAUUGCGAGGCACAUGGAGCGCAUGCACAAGGAGAAACUCUACAAACAGGAGAUGGUCUAG